AUGGCCGAUUCCAACGAGUUUUACGAGGGUACUGAAGGUGAUUUUGACGAUGAGUUUACAACUAAUCGUGACAAAGCGUACAACGAGUACGAGGAUCCCGACAUGUGUUACGAUGUUCCUCAAGACACACCAACAACUUCUGAGGAUCACAGUCAACAUUUCAAUGUAGAUCUUGAGUUUGAAACUGGGAAAGAAUUAGUGGAAUGGGCAAAAAAAAUGGCUGCUACUCAUGGUCAUCGAUUGAUAGUAACUUCAAGCAAGAAAAACGUCAAAAAUUCAAACGAUGGACUAUGGCGAAUGAAUUUAAAAAGUGGCACUCACACUCACCCGACACUACCGUAUCCUACCGGACAAGGACCGGAUAGUCGUUUGACACCAGAAGAAUACGAGGUAGUGAAAUUACUUAGAAGGAGCCACGUGAAGCCGGCAUUAAUUAUGGAUCGAUUGAGAAAGGAUAAUCCACAGACAUCAACGAGUGUGAAACAUGUCUACAACCAACUUGAGAAGAUGAAAAAAGAGAAUAUGGCGGGGAAGACUGUGAUACAACACGUGAUGUCGAACCUUCAAGAAUCUGGAUAUGAAUAUUGGUAUCGAAGUAAUGAAGGUGAUGAUACACUUACUGAUUUGAUGUUCGCUGCUCCUAUUUCGUUGAAUCUUUUGCGGUUAUUCUCUCACGUCAUAUUGAUGGACUGCACUUACAAAACCAAUAGGUAUGAGAUGCCACUUUUGGAAAUAAUUGGAAUCACUCCUGUUGGUAUGAACUUUACAAUUGCUGUUGCUUUCAUGUCACAUGAAGAUGCAAACACAUACGAAUGGGCUUUGCGUUGUUUGAAAUGUGCAUUGGGGGGGCUGGUACCUAAUGUGAUAUUGACGGAUCGUGAAUUGGGACUUAUCAAAGCAAUGCCCGUAACAUUUCCAGAUUCCGCUCAUUUCUUGUGUUUGUUUCACAUCAAUAGAAACGUGGAAAAAAAUGCAUCGAGAUUUAUUGGUAGUACUAAACACGGGCUUAUAUUUCGGCGCAUACAUUGGGCAAAAUUAGUGGAAUCAAAAACAGAAGAAGAAUACAAUGAUAAUUACGAGGAAAUGGUUAGACGCUAUGGUUGUUACCCCAAAUUGAUAUCAUACCUUAACGAUACUUGGCUAAUUUACAAGCACAAAUUCGUCAAAGCAUGGACUAAUAAGAUUUUGCAUUUUGGGAACACUUCGACAUCUAGGGUGGAAAGUGCUCAUAAAUCGUCGAAGGGUUGGAUUAAUGCUUCUACCGGUGGUGUGAACACCAUUCAAUAUCAGCUCGACUCCGGGGUUGAGUAUCAACUAACCAAGAUCAAGGGUGAGUUUUCAAAAUGCAGUUUGAUCCGGCUGCACUCAUCAUCGUAUCCGGUAUUUCAGGGUUUGAUAUGCAAAGUCACACAUAAAGCAUUAAAUUUGCUUGAUGAUGAGCUAAAAAAACCGGGGUUUCAAGACCCAUCUCUUUGUGAUCACGUUUUGUGGGAUAGUCAUGCACUUCCUUGUGCAUGCCGAAUUGCGUUGAAAAUCCAGCAACGUGAGACAUUUAUAUCUAUGGAUCUACAUCCAUUUUGGAGUACCAUGCACGUUGAAGAACCAGAAAUACCCGAAGCACAGAGGGAUCGUGAAACAAAUAUGAGAGACCGAAUAAUCAGACUAGCCACGGAAGUGUUAGAAAAAGAUUAUAUGACUCAAAAGAUGACUGCUGAUUACAUGAAUAGCACUAUUCAUCCAGACACCAUCCACUUGGCAGAGCCUGCAUAUGUUAUACCGAAAGGAAGGCCAAAGGAUAAACCGACGAAGAGAGAUAAAUCCGGUUGGGAGUUCCCACCAUUCCAGCGGAAGCCGUCUACUGGUGAAGAAAAGGGUAAAUCGUCUGCAGGUUCUAAGGGUCGAAAAAAUACUUCUACCGGAACCCCACCAUCGAAUGUAACCGAUCCCGGUUCUGGUCGUGGACGGGGGCGGGGUCGAGGGAGUGGUAGAUCAAGUGAUGAAUCCACUGCCAAUCAGAAUCGUACGCCAAUGCCUCGAAAGGAACCGGGCGAUGAGCUCAAUUUCAGAUCUUACAUCCCAGGUUUUGUGGCAGGAUCUAUUGUGUCGUAUGUUAAUGUUGUAGCAGAUGGAAAUUGUGGGUACAGAUGUGUUGCAGAAGCAGUGUUCCGAGAUCAGAACAAAUGGAGUCGUGUAAGGAGAGAUUUGAUUGCCGAUAUGUACGAGCAUUUUGGUACGUACGCAUCGCAAAAUGGUCAAGAUGAAGUGAUCCGAUGGAUAGAAAAAUGCGAUUGGCAAGAAGGACCGUGCAGUCGGGACAAAUGGAUGUCAUUUCCGGAUAUGGGAAUGUCGAUAGCGACUAAAUACAAUGCGGCUCUGGUUUUAUACGCCAUUGGCGGAAAUAUAACCUACUUACCUCUAGUUGGUCCGGGAUUUGGAAGAAUUGGGCAAUUGGUGGCUAGGGUUGCUCUUCAAAGAGACGAUGUCGAGCUUGUUGCAGGCAACGAUCCCUUCAUUACCGUUGACUACAUGACCUACAUGUUCAAAUAUGACAGCGUCCACGGUCAAUGGAAGCACGACGAGCUCACGGUUAAGGAUGAGAAGACCCUUCUCUUUGGCAAGAAGCCUGUGACUGUUUUCGGCUUUAGGUACAGCCUUUCUCUUUGCCCACAAGCCUGGCAUCAUAUAUCCUCAAUUUCUAUGUUAUCAUUUAUAAUGUAUUAA